AUGCUGAUACUCCAAUUUUCUGCUUCGCUUUUCGGAGCGCUGCUGUUUUUCUAUACAUUAUUUUUCAUACAAGUCGAGCUUUUAUAUGCACAAGUUACAUCCACAUCGAGCAGUGAUCUUACAACAAACGCCACGAAAUCUGCAACUGCGUUCACUACAACAGCUACGACACUUGCAGUGGUUCCAGCACCUGUGGAAAGUCCGGGGACAAGUAUAACUGGUGAAGUAAUUAUAGUGAUUGGUGGAUCAGGCACGAGAAUACCAACUGCAGGCACGACAGCCACAACGAAAAAGUUACCUCCUGGCUUGACACCAACACCUUCAAUAGUAACUAAGAAACCAACUGUUAAGGCAACGCCACCAACCAAAAAACCGCCUAUAAUCAAGAAACCAUCACCGAUUACAAAACCCCCUCCGACUAAAAAGUCACCGAUUACCAGGCCUACCAAACCUCAUAAGAAACCACCGAUUACAAAACCACCGAUUACAAAACCACCGAUUACAAAACCACCGACCACCUGCUACCAAGAGACCAAAACCGAUCACAAAACCACCUCCGACCAAAAGACCAUCACCAAUUACAAGAAUACCUCCUACCAAGAGACCACCACCGAUUACAAGACCACCUGCUACCAAGAGACCACCCCCGAUUACAAAACCACCGGCGACCAAGAGACCACCACCGAUCACAAAACGACCUCCGACCAAAAGACCAAUACCGAUUACAAGACCACAUUGGAUUACAAGACCACCACCGGCUACCAAUAA